AUGGCGAUCCACGUUGACCCAAGCACCCUCAAUGUGGUGAUCUCGAUCCUGGGCUUCUUUGUCCUUGCCUACGGCGCCAUCUCAAUCAAGAUCAAACAAGUGUGGUACUUGGGAGAAGCUCUUCCGGCAGUCGUCUUUGGUGCUAUGCUCGGUCCCAUGGCAGCGCGUUGGCUCGACGCUCGCAUGUGGGGGAUGGCAAUCAUCGGUCAAGUUCCUGCGAUCACUUUGGGCAUGACCAGGCUUGUUAUUGGCAUUCAGCUUGUCAUUGCCGGCUUCCAACUACCAGCUCGAUUCAUGCAAUAUCGAUACAAGGAGAUGCUCAUUUGUCUGCUUCCUGUCAUGACAAUCAUGUGGCUAUGUACAACGGCCUGCAUCAUUGCGACUGUGCCGAAACUCACUUUCCUUGCGGCUCUGGUCAUCGGGUCCUGUGUCACUUGCACUGACCCCAUCCUGUCGCAAGCCGUCGCGAAGGGUCCUUUCGCCGACAAGUACGUCCGUCGCAAUUUGAGAGAGCUGAUAUCUGCCGAAGCGGGAGCAAACGAUGGUUUCGGAUUCCCGUUUCUUAUGCUUGCGACAUAUCUUAUUCGCCACGCCGAGUCACCCGAGCUUACCGCCGAGAUUGCCGAAAAACAAAAUGCAGUCGAAGGAGGCGCAGAGCUUCUUCAGCGUGGACUUGAACUAUUUCGACGAGCCUCCGAGAGCGAUACGGUAGAGAUUGGUCGACUUGGUGGUGGUGUUGGAAAGGCCCUGGCCAACUGGGGUCUGGAAACCUGGCUCUAUGCUAUUGCCAUGUCGGCGGUCUACGGCACUGUCGUGGGCUGGGGCAUGAUGUAUGUCACAAGAUUCGCGCUGAAGAGACGCUGGAUCGACGGCGAAUCUUACCUCAUGCUCCCGACAGGUAUCGGCUUGUUCAUCAUCGGCACUUGUGGAAUGCUGGCCACGGAUGAUCUCCUUGCCUGCUUCAUUGCUGGUACAUGGCUCAACUGGGAUGGACAGUACCUCAAAGAGACCGAGGCUCGCCACGACGAGGUCAAUAGCGUUGUGGAUGUCCUACUCAACUUCGGAGGCUUCAUGUAUAUCGGUGCUGUUGUCCCGUGGGCCUCUUUCCAAGAUCCUGACGGCACUGGCGUCACAAUACCAAAGCUUCUUCUACUUGGCAUCAUGAUCAUUCUCUUCCGGCGCAUCCCUGCCAUCUUCAUGACAUACAAACUCAUGCCUAACUGUGUACUGGACUGGAAGGAAGCUUUGUUCAUGGGUUACUUUGGCCCUAUCGGCAUAGGCGCAGUAUUUUAUGUUGAGCACACGCGGCAUCUCUUUCCCGAGCCAGGUGAAGCUUUCACAGACGAAGAAAACAACCUUACCGCCGCCAUGGUCCCUGUCGUGUACUGGCUAGUCGUCUUCUCCAUCUUCUGGCACGGCCUCUCCAUUCCAGUACUCAACAUAUUCUACAAGUGGCGAGGUAUCGAGCCGAUUCAGGAUGAAGAUGGUCCCGCUGUCGUACAUCGCCUCAGCUCGCACAAUCCAUUGCCCAAGAACAGCAGCGUGGACGACCGGCGUCAGAGCGUUCUCCUCAACAACAGGUUCAGCAGAUCUUACAACACUGCCGAACUUGAUCUGAAUGCUGUUGAGGGCUAUCGACGACGCACACAACAGUGGUACAAGCAACAAGACGCAGAAGCAUACGCAAAUGACAAAGACGAACACAAGAAUGGAACGAUUCAGUGGACAGAGUCGCCACACUACAAGCCUGCCCUGCGUCGGUCAGACAGUGAAAAGCCAGGGCUACCACUGGACCCCAAAGGCCAAGCCGCGUACAUAUGA